GAAUAUUUUCUAUCAUAUUUCAUUCCAAAUAUUUAUAGAUCAUUGUGACAUUAUCAAAAUCUCAAUCUCAAGCUGAAUGAAUAAUCCUGACAUUUCUUCUUCAUCUUCCUCUAUCAUGCCGCCUUCUACCUCUCACACUCGCUCUACUCUCGAGGCCUCACCAUUCCGUGGUCAUUCAAUGCGCAUAAGACUUUCGAUGCCUCCCCCGAGAAGGUCUCCAGAAAUAGAGAUGGGCAUUCUUAGGGCUGAUUCUGGAAUCGCAAUCCCACCAGAUACAAAUAACGCAAUUCCAGACACAGAUCAAACCGAUAGCCAAUCCAGCAUCCUAAAAGAAGGCCUACUCGAUACCAUUCUUACCGAUGCUUUUGAAUCCACAUCCACCUUUAACAUAAACAAGAUAUCCAACACAAUCACAAAACUCGUUGAACUCAAUGAUUAUCUCCGUGCCAUUCUUACGCCACUUCCAACUACCCCCACAGCGCAUCUCGAUGAAUUUGUUACCACUGCUGAGAUCUCCACAGAGGAAAUACCUCCAUACACCUCUGCAGGAAAAAAACACCAAGAAGAAAACCCCUUCAACACACCCAUCUCUACCUCUACCGACACCUCUGGAUCCACACUCGCCGAUGACAUGAACGACACAAUUUCCAAAAUAAAUCAAAUCCUCGAUCAAAUGAGCAUCACCCGUCACUUCACCUCUAUCAUACCGCCAUCUCCUAAUGAUUCCUAUCUCAUCGAUCCACUCAUCCCAAAACACAAUCCCCCAAAAGGAAAAGAAAGACAAAAAGAACAAAAACAACCUCCACUCCAACCCACCACCAACACCACCAAUCCCGAUCUUCCCACCCCAAUUCUCCUCCUCCCCUCCUCCGCAACAGAAUCCACAGAGCGCAGUCGUCGCCGCAAGCGACACUUCGGCCGAACCUCGAAGCCCACACUCUCACCCACCCCUCUCCACAUACGCUCCCGAGAAGCGCUUCUCAAAAGCCCACUUGGAGUCGAGGAUGAAGCCCCUUCCAUUCCAACUUCUGAUAUGUUGAUGCCUUAUGAUUGGAUGCGCAGGGAUGCGGGGUUGUUUCCUCGCGCUGCGGAUUCUGGUAUGUUUUCUUCCUCUCCUCUCCUCUCCUCUCCUAUUCUUUUCUUUCCUCUCCUUUCUGGCUUCAACACACACACACGAACAAAAACAAAAAUACUAACCCCCUCUUCCUCCCCCCUCCUCUACAGGACCCCCCUCCCUCUCAAAUCCCCACCCCAAACCCAUAUCCAACCGCCCCAACAAACAAGAAGACGCACAACCAAUCCUCACAGAACCCUACAACGAGCCCUCGAUUUCCAAACCCUCACCCCCUCCAUCCCCUCUAGCCAGCCGCCCAAGAGACCACAGAGAAUCUAAACCCACAAUCCUCAUAAUCUCCAUCCCGAUAACAGUUUCAGACUACAGGAGGUAUGUAGAGAAUGUACUUUUGAGGAUGUGGGGGGGAGAAGGAGAAGGAGAAGGAGAAGGAGAAGGCAGCGCAGCAGUCGAUCUAGUAAGCCCGACAGGAUCGAAAUCGAAAUCGAAAUCGAAAUCGAAAAAACCGAACCCGAAGAAAGAAGGAAAAAGAUUCCGCAGAGCCGAGCCGAGAAGUCAAGAGGGUGGGGGGGGAUGAAGAAUAGAUGGCGAGAUGGGAGGGGAGGGAAGGGAAGAGAAGCACGGAUAUGUCGACGAUGACUAUACACUUAAGCAUUGGUUGUCUUCUGCAGGAGCGAGGAAGGAGGUUGGAUUUGGAUUUGGAGUUACAGUUAUAUGUUAAUCAUAAUCAUAAUCAUAAUCAUAUACACAUACA